AUGUCCGCCAUCUUCACUGGCAACAGCACAGUACAUAAUAUUUCUUAUAAUAGUCCAGUCAGACGGUGGCAGUUUACCGCAGAGGACAGAGACGAAGCCAGCGGAGGGCAGCCAGGAGCCCUGGGUGUUGUCUUGCCCCUCUCUUCCCAGGCCUUGGCCCGAGGCAGCUCCUGUGACUGCCGAGCGACAGAACGACACCCGCCAGGCCUUUUCCAGCAAGCGGCUCUGAGUGGACACAGCUCCAGUAGCAUCCAGCACAGGACCAGCGUGACACCUUCUGCCUGGGAUAUCCAGUCGAGGCCCUGCAGUUACCAAUGGACUAUAUCCAAUGGGUCAAGCAGGCCUGGUCUCAGGUCUGCCGUGGGCGGCUCACUGGGGAACCACCUGGACUGCGAGAGCGGGAAAGAAGGUUUAAAAAAAAAAAAAAAAUCCGCUGUGCGCACAUGCGCACCACGUCCUUCAGUCCGUGCGCUCUACAGACCGGCCCUGAGGAAGCCGGUGGCGCUACGAGUACCUCACCACAGACGGUGUAUUCUAGAAGCUACGAGUACCUCACCACAGACGGUGUAUUCUAGAACCACAGCCUGGACGCCUCACACCUAG